CCGUUCUCGGUUCUCCAGCAAACCACAAUAGCGCCCCAACACCAGUCGUCUUCUGCAGAUAAUCUCCCCAGUCAGCCACAACUGCGAUCUAGAGAGAGAAACAAAUCAAACAUUUUGACUGGAGUGAUAGAUCAUCAUCAUCAUGUACAGGACUGCAUCUUCACGACUUAUGGCUCUCAAGGGCCGUGUGGGCAAUAGGACGCUAGCAAGGUUUGCAAGUUCAAGUGCUGUUGCCAUAAAGUCAUCCUCUUCAGGAGGCCUCUUUAGCUGGCUUACUGGGGAACGUUCCAGUAAACUCCCUCCACUAGAUCUUCCACUAAAAGAUGUUGCACUCCCACCACCACUUCCCGAUCAUGUCGAACCUGGUAAGACCAAGAUAACAACUCUCCCAAAUGGCAUCAAAAUAGCCUCAGAAACAUCUGCGAAUCCUGGGGCCUCAAUUGGUUUAUAUGUUGAUUGUGGCUCAAUCUAUGAGACACCAAUCUCAUCCGGGGCCACACACCUCUUGGAACGUAUGGCCUUUAAGAGCACAGUAAACCGGAGCCACUUGCGCAUUGUUCGUGAAGUGGAGGCAAUCGGUGGCAAUGUAACAGCCUCAGCUUCUCGAGAGCAGAUGGGGUACACCUAUGAUGCUCUGAAGACUUACGUUCCUGAAAUGGUAGAGCUGCUAAUUGACUCUGUGAGGAACCCUGUGUUCCUGGAUUGGGAAGUCAACGAACAGCUUCAAAAGGUGAAAUCUGAGAUUGCAGAAGUUUCCAACAAUCCUCAAGGCUUGCUGUUAGAGGCACUUCACUCUGCUGGUUAUUCCGGUGCAUUGGCAAAUCCUGUUUUGGCACCCGAGUCUGCAAUAAACAGAUUGAAUAGUACAAUUUUGGAGGAAUUUGUUGCUGAAAACUAUACUGCUCCUCGGAUGGUACUUGCGGCUUCUGGUGUUGAACACGAGGAGCUGUUAAAAAUUGCGGAACCCCUUCUGUCUGACCUGCCGAGUGUGCCUCGUCCCGGGGAGCCAAAAUCAGCCUACGUUGGUGGUGAUUUUCGUUGUCAAGCUGAUCCAGGGAAAACACACUUUGCCCUUGCCUUUGAAGCUCCCGGUGGCUGGCAUAAGGACAAGGAAGCUAUGACAUUGACUGUUCUUCAGAUGCUAAUGGGAGGAGGCGGGUCUUUCUCUGCUGGAGGUCCUGGAAAAGGAAUGUACUCACGGCUAUAUCUACGCGUCUUGAAUGAGUAUCCACAAAUUCUUUCAUUUUCUGCAUUCAACAGCAUUUACAAUAACACUGGAAUAUUCGGAAUUCAAGCUACCACUGGCUCUGAUUUUGUAGCAAAAGCCAUUGAUUUAGCAGUUAAAGAACUUAUUGCAGUCGCAACACCUGGACAAGUUGACCAGGUACAGCUAGAUCGUGCCAAACAGUCGACGAGGUCUGCGAUUCUUAUGAACCUGGAAUCCAGAAUGGUUGCAUCGGAAGAUAUUGGUAGACAAGUAUUGACAUAUGGCGAGAGGAAACCUGUGGAGCAUUUCCUGAAGGCUGUGGAUGAAGUUACGUUAAAGGACAUCACUUCCAUUUCACAAAAGCUUAUUUCUUCCCCCCUUACGAUGGCAUCUUAUGGAGAUGUUGUUUUUGUCCCAAGCUAUGAGGCAGUGAGUCGCAACUUCCAUUCAAAAUGAAAUUGGAACGUGUAACUAACAGGUUGAACACGUUGCCUGUCAUUGUCAUUAAUUCUUUGGGGAUAUGCAAGUUUCCGAGUUUCUUACACCCAGUAGAUGUGGAAAAUAAGGAAGUUGGUUGCUUCGGUUUUGAUAAUAAUUUGUUUAUCCUUUGGCGAGCUGCAGCAGCUACACGCUCUAUUUAUUCUUGUAUCACUGUAUUCUUGCCCCCUUUUGUUUUCAUGGUGUCAGUUUUUUUCUGGUUCUGAAAAAUGGACCCUGUUUUGACUUUCCAUGUCACUCAGGAAUUUUUUAUAUACUGUGUGUCAUUUGCCA